AUGCAGGAGGAAGAGGAAGAGGAAGAGGCGGCACACUGUGGACAUUUACAGCUGCGGACAGCUGGACUGCCGGCAGGGCUGGAAAGAAGUUCGAGCCGGAAGUCCGUCGUCUUCUUCUCCUUCUUUAUGUUUGCCGGAAACUUCAUUCACUUUUGCACAACAAACACGAUGGCGGCGACAGACGGAGAAACAAACCAUGAAAAAGACAAACUGGAGUUUUCUCUGGACGUUCCCUUCCCGUCGUCUCGUGAGGCCGCCAUCGUUCUGUGCUCGCUGGCGCCGGACCGAGAGCCGAGGAAAGGUGGCAUCAGCAAACAGCUGUCGGUGUCCGGCAGCACGCUGUCUGUGAGGUGGAGCGCAGAUGAAGCUCGAAUCCUCAGAGUGUCUGUGAACUCGUUUCUGGAUCAUCUGUCGCUUGUUAUGGAGACCAUGGAGAUGUUUGGUCCUCCUGUUUCCCACUGAGGCUGGACAGUAGUUUCACGACUGAUUUCAUUCCCUCGUCUUCCACUUGGACUCUUCAGGUGUGACAGGUUGUUACCGUUACGACUGGCAGCUUAACGCGUGUGAUGAAACUGUUUGUUUUAAGGAGGAAAAUCUGUUUGCUUCAGUGGAACCAAGGAGCCGGUGCUUCGACUGUGGUGGGGGUUUUUUUAUUUAAAUGUCCGUUGUUAAAGCAAAAGGCUGCUGUUACCUGACAGAGCAGACAUCGAUCCGCUGCAUUUGGGCUCAAACAGUGGAUUGAUCAAAUUAUUAAAUCAAACUAAAGUAUUCUCUGGUUCCAGCUUUCCAAAUGUUUCUGUUUUACAUCUUUGUAAAUCAAUUACUGAAGGACGUCACCUCGGUCUCUGAAACUGUGACGGACAUUUCUGAUUAUUUUCUAGCAUUUUAUAAACUAAACGAUCCAUCAAAAAGAUGAUCAGAAGAUGAAUCGUUUGCUCUUUAUUAUAUCCUCCACAAUUUAGCAUUUAUGUCCUUUUUUCAGAUCAAUACUUGAGAAAGUAUUUGUCACCAACUCCAACUGCCAGUGAAACAUCCAUUAUUGGAGGCUCCUGUGUGAACAGAAAAGAAAUGAUAAUUCUAGUUAUAACUGCUGACAGACACUGAACAUUAAAUAACACGUUAAAUAACCUUAUGUCUGCUCAAAGCUACAUUAUAGUGUGUUAUAAACCACUGAUUAUAUGUUAUGAGUCAGUAAAAAUGAUGAUAAAAAUAACGAUAAGUUACAGCCUGAAUCUACACAAUAAAAUGUUUGGUGGUGAAAUGAGUUUUGUGCUUUUU